CCCGCAGAUGCAGACCAACGACGUUUGCAAAUUUCUGUCCGCCUUUGCGCAAUUAGACGUGAGAAAGCCGCUGUUGCUGAAACUGGCCGUCCGGGAGGUGGCGAAGCGCGGGCACGAGCUGGACGUGACGCAAUUGGCGGAGUUUCUGCAUGUCUUUUCCAAAUUUGAUGUGACAAAGCCGACAAUCAAGCUCUUAUCUGUCCUACGGAACAACAUCGCCUCGAAGCAGUGGAGCAUCGAGGAGUGCCAAAAAUUGCCACUCCUCUCUAUAACCUGCUCAGGUGUUACAAUCUCAAACGUUACAAUAGAAUCUCGAAUUUGUGUUGCAUGAUGAGCACGACAGACUCGCGCAGCGUUCCACCUUUUGCGAUACAAAUUUCGCCAGAUUGUAGUGCGGUUUGGGCCUCCGGAACUUGUCAUGCGCAAUCCUAUGAGAGUUGGCUAGAUCAUGCACUCUCGCAUCACAGAUUUCCAUAUUCUAGUGUAACGUUUGAGAUUGUAACACCUGAGCGGGUUAUACUCUCGACCCGGUCCACGACAGGCAAGCACGCUCCGUUUAGCUACACAAAAGGUGCGACAAUAGCCGGUACCAAUAUCGGCGAACAAGACCGAAAUCGUGGUCGGCAGCUGGGUCGAAGUUUGGCCACGGUGUUCCACAGCAUGGGACGAUUGAAGUACCGCGACGAAGAUUUGCUGUCGACGUUAAUCCGCCCGAUGGCGAGGAAUCUGCCACUCCUGGAAACGACGACGAUCGCGACCAUCGCGGAUUCGGUGUUGCUGUUGAAAUACUGGGAGAACGAGUUUUUUGUGAAAAGGCUCACGGAGGAGAUUCUGCACAGGUGUAAAGAGCUAUGACUGUGCACAACUCUCCCUCCGCCUCAUUUGUCAUGCGCAAACCCAAAUCCAAGUGCUUCCCUGUGGCACUGUCUGCAUGACAGAUUCCGGAAGCCCAAACAGUACUACACGAGGCGCAUGAAUUUGUCAUGCACACAUUCCACGUGUGCUGUUGUUUGUAUUGCUGUUCAUGCCAUGCAAACGAGGGGGAGGGGGAGUUGUGCACUGUCAUAAGAGCUGACUGUGGAGCCCAAAGCCCUGGCCACGGUGCUGCAGGUCUUGGAGCAGUCCCCGUUUUUUCAGCAAUUUUGGAUUGACUCGAGGACAACAACUUCAUCAUCGUCUUCAGGUAGUGGUAGACAGAAAACGCUUCCAAGUUGUAUGAAGCGAAGGACACCUUUCGACGGAAUCGCGAUUGCUGAGGAUGUGCAGAAGGUUUUUCUCACGCUUCUCGAACUGCUCCCCAACAAACUCCCCCACCAGCGGAAUCAGUGGGAUCCUAAGAUUUUGGCCCGCAUCCUCCGCGCGUACGCGAGGUUUCGACCUGAAGAUUUGUUGUCACCGAGUACUAGCUCAGAGGGACAAGCAGCAGAGCAACUAACCGAAAGCAAGAACGAAUCCCCACCACCGCAAGUCGAGCCAUUGUUCCGUCACAUCGGGGACGUUUUGGCGCUGAAAGGCCCGAGCCUCGACACAAAUACCGUGGUCACCGCCUGCUGGAGCUUCGCGCAGCAGGGAAUUUCGCACGGUGUGUUCUUCUACAACGUACCCAGGUUGUUUGCGUCUACUUUUGAGGAAACAGACAGAGACAUGGAAGACGGUGCUGCUCAGAGAAGAGCAGAAGCUGCAGCUCUUCACGGCCCGAAGAAAAACCAGCCCUCAGGAGCUUGCUCCACCGCGCAGCUGAUUUCCAUCGCCCAUUCGUAUUCUCUGCUCGGCAUGGCCAACACGCAUGUGUUUGACGCACUGACGCUGAAGCUGUGUCACUACUACCGGAUAAAACAGAACGUUCUCUCACUGGAGAAAACCGGACCGAUGGCUGCGAUGCUCGCAGAUGGCAACAACUACGGUGGUGAGUCAUUGCCACCAGGGAGUAAGAUUAAGGAGCUACACAAAAAUCUAGAAGGAACAUCAAACCGAGACGGACCGGAAACCGAAAUCAAAAGGACCAACGAGCGCAAGAAAAAUCUCCUACCCCUCCGCACCCUGCUCCCGUGUCUCCAGGCGUACUUGCGUGUCUCUUUAAACGAGCCAGCAGUGUUCCGGGAAAUUGCUGAAGAUCUUGUCAGCGCGAAGAGAAAGAAGGAGCUGAUGAGAAACCGCUUGCCAUUUUGCGUCGAGGUUUUGCAAGUGCUCCGCGAGGUGGGACAGUUGACGGACUCGGUGCGAGAGCGAAUGGACAUAACGGUGAAAGAGAUGCAGGAAUUUGACAAGGGGAAAAAGAUGAAGAAGUUGGCAGGUUCUACAAACAAAAGCAAAAGGGCUUUUUGUCCCACUUUUCUUUCAACUGCGAAAAAUUCACCAGUUCUGCAGUUGUCACCAGCAGAUGAUAUCAAGGACGGCAGCAGAGAUGGCAAAAAAGGUGGCGCAGACACCUCCGAAUCCACGCAACGCAACCCCAUGAUAACUUCACUUCAAUAAAAGAACGAAGCAGAGUCCCAUGCUCUA